CCUCAAAACAUUCGAUUUUCAGCCUGUGCUCUUCUAGUUGCCGAAAUUGUGCUUAAUGUUUUUGUUGUAAACAGAGUGAACUAUACUGAAAUUGAUUGGAUAGCAUAUAUGCAGGAAGUGGAAGGUGUUAUAAAUGGUACUUUGGAUUAUUCUCAACUUAAAGGUGACACUGGACCUUUGGUAUACCCGGCUGGAUUUGUGUACAUCUAUACGGUCUUGUAUUACUUGACCGAAAGUGGUAAAAAUAUCCGAAUAGCGCAAUACAUAUUCUGUGUAUUGUAUAUUUUGACUCUUAUGUGUGUUUUUCGUAUCUAUCAUAAGACAAGAAAGGUGCCACCUUAUGCAGUUAUUAUAUCUUGUUGCACCUCGUAUCGGAUUCAUUCAAUAUUUGUUUUAAGAAUGUUUAAUGAUCCAGUAGCAAUGCUAAUAUUGUAUUUAUCCAUAAAUAUGUUUAUAGAUGGUAGGUGGAGCAUUGGAAGUUUCUUGUUCAGUCUUGCCGUUUCUGUAAAAAUGAACAUUCUUCUUUUUUCACCGGCUUUGUUACUUGCUUAUUUAUACUGUCUUGGACUAUUUGGUACAAUCAAGCAAUUAAGUAUUUGUGCGUCUUUACAGUUAUUCUUGGGGCUGCCUUUCCUUUUCACCAAUCCUUGGGCUUACUUGAAAGGAUCCUUUGAUAUUGGGCGAGUUUUUUUAUUCAAAUGGACAGUGAAUUGGAGGUUUCUACCGGAAGACAUAUUUGUGAAUGGUUAUUUUCAUGUUUUAUUACUUAUUGUUCAUAUUUUACUUCUCAUGAUAUUUUUUGAUACCUUCAAAACGUGCCUCAAAAGUUACGCAAAUUUAAAACAAAUUGAAAAAGAAAUAAAACCCCAAUUAAGAAAAACUGAUAAGAUUGAUAUGAACUCAAGUUCCCAACUACUGGUUCUUCCAUUAUUCACAGCUAAUCUUAUAGGGGUUGCUUGUAGCCGGUCUUUGCAUUACCAAUUUUACAUAUGGUAUUUUCAUACUCUGCCUUACCUUUUGUGGUGCACUCCCUAUACCACAGUUUGGCGUCUUAUCUAUAUGGGCCUAAUAGAGUUGUGCUGGAAUACAUACCCUUCUACUUUCUGGAGUAGUGCCUGCUUACAUGUUGUGCAUGUAUCAAUUUUAUACGGAUUGUAUAAGAAUAGGCCUGGCAAAGGAUGCUCGAUACACGAUCAAAGUAAAGGAAAAUAAGUUUCAAGAAUGCCUUGUUCUUAUCAAAUAUGUGUGAUAACAUAUUCUAAGAGAAUGAUCCAAUAAUAAAAAUUUUAAAGAUCUCAGUAAAAUGAAGAAGCAUUCUUUCCAUGUACAUUGUACAUAGAAAUUGAUGUUAAGCUUGAUAUACUGUAAGAAAAUAUUUUUGCGUUUGAUCAAACAUAGACUAAUCAUUCUAAAAUGUAUAUUGUUAAAAUAGCACAAAAGAGUAACAGAGAAAUAAAUAAAGUAGAACUAACUUAUUUUAAUUUAUUUAAUCUGAAUCACAUAAACUUAUUUCAUUUUACUGUUACUCCGGUGGUCUUCGCCUACCACAAUGUCAUAAUCAAUCUUAUUAACAAAGUGUUUUAAAAAUAGUGAAAUAAGACAGAAUGCAUUUCUUUUCACGUAAUGUUUGAACAAGAAUAAUUCUAAUACCUAUCUUAUGAUGAGUUUCCACACAUUGGAUGAUUAAUAGGUUGAUUAAAAUUUAUAUGUUAACUGAAAAUAUUACAAUGCAUUCAAUUUUAUUAUUUAUUCAUCUUGGCUUGACAUUACUUAUGAAAA